GAGCUCUGGUAAUGACGUAGCUGUACCGUACUGUAGGUACUACCUCUGGAAGUCUCAGCUGCAACCCCAUGUCCAGUCUUGCAGCCCAGUUCAUCCCUGGUUGAGCUCCGUAAACGGGAAGAUCCUUUUUUAGAUGCAUGCAUUACACAAUACAAUCGAAACUAGAAGACUCUUUUUUCUCUGCUUCACUCUCGUUCUCUUCUUGCAUCAUCCAUUGAGUGUUCUCUCACUAACAUUCUGUGCUUCUGCUCGUGUCAUGAUCUAGAAAGUACCAACCGUUUUCUUUGACCUCGUGGGCUUAUCAUUGACGUCGAACAUCCCCCCAAUUCCGCAAAAUAAUGCCCGUCUCUUCCAUGAUGGCCGCGCGACUGGCUCGCGCCGGUCAAAACAGGGCCAUUACCAGCUCUCGAUGCUUCAAACCAUCUCUCGCUCCUCGCCCAAUAUACUCGUCGCAAUCGCGAAGCUUCGUCAAGCUCACAGGGGUUUCGCCAUCAAUCACAAAGGGCUCUCCAGCAACUAGCCGAACCACCCGCCAACUACCCUCCCAGUUCUUCGUGCGCGCUCUAUCAGGAAAGCCACUUCCCCAAGGAAAGUCUAGAGCCCUUAAUUUUUGCUACCGCCUAGCAGCUUGGGUUGGUAUUUCAAUAUCAGUUAUCGGCGUUGGUAUUGUUGGCUUCUUCAUCUACGAUGCCAGCACAUAUUUCGAGCACCCCACUCAGAGCGAUAUCGAUGUCUCAAAGAUUGCCCUUCAGCCUCGCAGUGGUGGUGAAAAGAACCUGCCAAUCGCCGAGGUAUUCAUUGAUGAUGACGACUCGGAGGAGAAGCGUCGCCUCAAAGACAAGCCACGACUGGUGAUUCUUGGUGGCGGAUGGGGAGGUGUUGCGCUCCUCAAAGAGCUGAAUCCAGACGAUUACCAUGUUACUGUUAUUUCGCCAACCAAUUACUUCCUCUUCACCCCUAUGCUUCCCUCAGCUACAGUAGGUACUCUCGAGUUGCGAUCUCUUGUUGAGCCUAUUCGACGAAUUCUGAGCCGGGUUAACGGUCACUUCAUUCGCGCCAAGGCUGAGGAUAUCGACUUUUCGCACAAGAUGGUGGAAGUGUCGCAAGUUGACGCAAACGGCAAAGAUAUCAGAUUCUAUGUGCCAUACGAUAAGCUUGUCGUUGCUGUCGGUUCGACAACCAACCCUCACGGUGUCAAGGGUCUGGAAAAUGCCUACUUCCUUAAGGAUAUCAAUGACGCACGCAUGAUUCGAAACCAGGUCAUACAAAACUUCGAGUUGGCCAACUUGCCUACAUGCCCGGAUGAGGAACGAAAGCGUCUACUUUCCUUCUGUGUCAGUGGUGGUGGCCCUACAGGUGUCGAGUUCGCUGCUGAGCUUUUUGACCUUCUCAACGAGGAUUUGACGAGGCACUUCCCCCGACUUCUACGUAAUGAGAUCUCAGUCCAUCUUAUCCAAAGCCGUGGACACAUUCUGAACACAUACGAUGAGACUGUUUCACGAUAUGCUGAGGAACGCUUUGCUCGCGACCAAGUUGACGUCCUCACCAACUCUCGUGUCAAGGAGGUUCUCCCCGACAAGAUCAUCUUCACACAGAAACAAGAAGAUGGCACAAUGAUCACCAAGGAGCUGCCUAUUGGCUUCUGCCUUUGGUCGACUGGUGUUUCGCAAACCCAGUUCUGUCAAACACUGGCUGCUAAGCUGGGCAAAUCUCAGACAAACCGACAUGCUCUGGAGACUGACACCCACCUUCGUCUUAAUGGCUCACCCCUGGGCGAUGUAUACGCCAUCGGAGAUUGUUCUACAGUCCAGAACAACGUUGCCGACCACAUCGUCACUUUCCUGCGAUCCUUGGCCUGGAAGCGUGGCAAGGACCCUGAGACACUUCAGCUCAGUUUCGCUGACUGGCGAGGUGUUGCUGAGGACGUCAAGAGACGAUUCCCCCAGUCUAUCAACCAUCUCAAGCGCGUGGACAAGCUAUUCAAGGAAUUCGAUAAGGACAAAUCCGGCACACUCGACUUUGAUGAGUUGACACAAUUGCUAAAACAAGUCGACGACAAGCUCACAUCCUUGCCUGCUACUGCCCAGCGCGCUCAUCAGCAAGGACAAUAUCUUGCUCGCAAGUUCAACAAGAUGGCACGCAUGCAUGAGGGCCUGAACGCCAACGACAUUCGCGAGGGUGAUGUUGAUGCUGCUGUUUACAAGGCCUUUGAAUAUAAGCACCUAGGCAGUCUCGCUUAUGUUGGCAACUCUGCCAUCUUUGAUCUUGGUGAGGGUCGAAGCUUGGCUGGUGGUCUCUGGGCUGUUUACGCUUGGCGCUCUGUCUACUUUGCCCAGAGCGUGAGUCUGCGAACACGACUAUUGAUGGCUAUGGACUGGACCAAGCGAGGUCUUUUUGGACGAGAUUUAAUGAGUUUCUAAAUCUAUUCUUAUGAAUGCUUAAUAUUUGUCAUUUCUUUAGACCUUGAGUGAGGCGUUGGAGCUUAGUAUAGAGACAUAGCAGGACUUGCGAAAAGCACGUUUGUAGACGCGAUGUUGCUGAGGAAUCGCAAGUCUAAUUUGCAUGAUGGAGUUAUGCUCUAUGAGUUACGCUUCUGGGGCCUUUUUUUCGCAGAAAAAGCCGAAAUAUUAUUUUCUCCCUAAAACACCUAGACGCCCAUCUAUCUUCUAUUAUAUCAUGAAGUCCUUGUAUGUCCACUUCUCCGUAAACUUGCGCUUGGCCUGCUUGUGGAAAGCAAUAUGCCUUCUGCUCUCUACCUUGCCACGCACCAACAUGCUUCGGUAUCUGUCCCGGAGCAUGUUGCCCUCAGGCUUGAGACGUCGCAGCGAACUCUCGAGCUCAUCUGGAAGGACAAGCUCAAGAUCGCGUUCAGGAAGCUUGUACUUGCCGAGCUGCUUGCGGCGCAACUUCUCGGCACGAAGCUCAUCAAUAGGGUCGGUUUCGUCGUCUUUUUGCAAGACAAGUGCCUUGUUGCGAUCUCUCUCCUCAAUCUCCUCGGCAAUCUCCUGGAUGCGCUGGGCUUGGCGACGGUGGGCCUUGAGGGCAGCCUUGUGUUUCGCGAGACGCUCCUCUUCCUUGCGGCGCUUGAUGCGAUUGCGCUGAGCUUGGGUCUUUCUCUGUGGGCGCUUGGCGGAUGGCUUAUCAUCUUCAGCACCACUCUGGAAUCCUUCCCAUUCGGAAUCCUCCUCCCACUCUGAAAGGUUGGCACGAGCCUCUGCGGCCUCCGCCUCAGCUGCUGAUCGGGCUGCAGCCUCCUGCUUAAUGCGCUCCUGUUCCUCUUUCUCCAGACGUUUGCGCUCAGCUUCAAGAGCCUUCUCGCUCUCCUCUUCCAGACGUUGUGUGUACUCGUUGAAAUCAGGGUUGUAGCUGUAUCCUCCUGUGGGCUUGAGGACAGCAGGCACUUGCUUGCCACUCUCCAACAAAGAAAGGGGCUCCUUCUUCAUCGACUUUGGAGCCUUGGGCUUGACCUCCUCUUCCAAGAAGUUUUCGGGAUCCUUCGCCUUUGGCUCUACAGGCAUGUCCCAGAUAUCAUAGGUGGCAUCUUGUACUUGGACAGUGUUCUGAUGUUCUCCAUCGGCCACUCGCUUUAGUCGCGCGAGCUCCUUGUGUGACACCCAAUCAGUCCUUUGGCGCUUCACAGGAAGAAUUCCGUUUGUUGUCUUGUCGCCCGGUCGCUUGCGCAUGGAAACGGCGGGCACGGGAGAACGGGCAUUGAUGAUCUCGUCAGCCUUGAGGCCCUUCUUGAUGUGCUUGUUGAACCUUUUGGGGAGACCGGCAUCGCCCUUAGUAUCGAGAGUGAACAAGUCUUCAGAGGACUUUUCCUUGAUAACACCACUAUAGAGAUAUUAGCAGAGCGAGAAAGAAAUGCUUAGAGUUUAGCUCACCCAGCGAUAAUCUCCUUGUUCAAUUCUUCAAGACCCUUCUGCACCUCGGUAACAUCAACAUUUUUCCUCCACGCCUUCUUUCCUUUUCGCGAAGGCUGGUUGA